AUUUAGGAUUCGUGUCCCUUUUCAUGCACCUACGUGGUCUUUUGAUCAUUAUCAACGUUCAACGUUGGAUCGUUAGUUUCGAAUUUUGCACACAUGAAUGUUUGACAAAGUUGGAUGAGCAAAAUCGGUCAAGUAGUUGACCUUUGGGGGUCGUAUAGGUUAGAGGGAUGUUCUGCAAAUUAGUCCUAUUAUAAGGAUUUCACCCUUUAAAUACAAUUCGUUGGAUAGACUUUGUAUGACAAUUUAAAUAGUAGAACAAAUUUUGAUUUUACAAAUAUUUGCAUAUGUGAUGUGCCAGAAGUGAAGCUAUAAAAUUAGUUCAGUAUUAUGUACACCCAGUGUGCACAUUUUUUGAAAUACCGAUAUUAUUGCAGUAUCAUUUUCUCGUAACAACAUUUUUUGUGGACAAAUUGAGACGAAUCUUUAUUGCACGAAACAUGCAGCUUCAGCUCAGACAUGUGAUGUUUAACAUGUGUUUAACCAGUGAACCAGCUCAGCUGAAAAUAUUUUCAGAAAACUUUAAAUUUAAUAAACGAUCAUGAUAUUACCACGAAAUUACUUAUUCCACGGUUUGAGGUGUUCAAAAUGUGUCAACUUUCUUCAAUCCUCAAGGAAUCUUCGUCUUGCUGCAGCAUUACAAAACUUUGUGAACUUAUCGCACACUGUGUACAAUCCUGACCAAAAAGUGCCAUCACCGCCAUCGCUAUCGCCCCCACUUUUGAUAACGCAUGGUCUUCUCGGAUCGAAAACUAAUUGGAACUCGAUUGCCAAGGCGGUCACGAGGGCUACGAAUCGUCAGGUCGUUGUCUUCGACGCUCGGAAUCACGGCGACAGUCCGCACGUACCUCAGCAUGGGUACGAUGUUAUGGCGGAGGACGUCCUUCACCUCGUGCAAAAUACCCUAAAAGUCGAAAAAUUCACCUUGAUGGGUCAUUCCAUGGGAGGUCGGACCGCAAUGGCGUUGGCGUUACGGUAUCCAACCCUUUUAGAAAAACUUGUCGUCGUAGAUGUGUCACCAGUUUCGCUGCAGUCCCAAUUUCACUCGGAAAUGCAAGAUUACAUCAGAAUAAUGAUGAGCAUUGACUUUACCGGUGUCAGCAAGUUAUCUGAAGCUAGGAAAAUUGGUAAUGCCGCUUUAACAGAGUUAGUUCCGCAAGCAUCAAUUAGAGCCUUCCUCCUCACAAACCUAUACGAAUCUAACAAUCAAAUCGCGUGGAAACCUAAUCUCCCCAUUUUGCAUGAAGCUGUCGGUAGUGUCGGACUAUUUCCUGAAGACUUGAUGUCGAAACGGUUCGAAUCUCCGAGUUUGUUUAUUCGAGGAGCAAAAUCAAGCUAUAUUCCGGACACGGAUAUUCCCGAGAUCAAAAAAUUGUUCCCUGCCGCAAAAUUCGAUACCAUUCAAGGCUCUGGUCACUGGCCACAUGCUGAUAAUGUGAAAGCAUUUUUAGAUUCGUUACUACAAUUUUUAAAGUUGUGAUUAUCUAGUCGAUUUUUAGUCAAUUUAUUAUUUUUCUGCCAGAAAAAUAAAAGUUUAUUUUACUUAUA